CCAAGAAUUGAAUUGAAGUCCAAUUGUUGUUGCUCAUCUUCUUCGUGCUGUGAUGGUCUCAAAUCCAUCAACCAUUGACAUUUCGUCCUGGGAUGGAACCCUCUCCUCACGUGACUUCUGUCUUGCGGCACGUGCUUUCUCUGAUAUAUGGAAAACCUCCAAUCCUGCUCUGCCCUCAAUGGUCAUGGGUAGUCCCUUCUCCAAAACUACCUCUCAUUGCUCCCCAUCAAGUAGAAGGGUAUUUAUUGCUAGAGAAUGUGAUUCUUCCCAGGUUUAGUGAGGAAGAUCAUGAUGAAGGAAGUCAUACUCAAAAAGAAGAGCCCAGUUGUUCUGAUCAGGAUGAGCCUAUUGAUAGUGCCAUUUUGGUAAAGAGCUGUGGUGGUGAAUUACAUCACUAUGACUUCCAUAUUGUGUACAGCACUUCAUAUCGUGUCCCAGUGCUAUAUUUUCGUGCUUAUUGCAGUGAUGGACAACCUUUGGUGUUGGAUGAUUUUGAAAAGGACCUUCCUGCCAAUUCUGUGAAGGCGAUAACAGAAUCAAAAUGGACCUUCAUUACUCAGGAGGUCAAUAAUGUUAAAAUGGGCUAAAAAUGAGUUCUUAAGGCCUUUUUGGAGUCAAACUAAGUCUUAGCGAUGAUCCGGAGCAAAAAGAGGCUGAUUUGGAGCAAAAAGAAGCUGAUACUGAAAAGCUGAAAAGUUGGAUGGAUCGCAGAAAAAGUUAGAUCGAUCGAACUUUUAGUUGGAUCGAUCAGAAAAGUUGGAUCGAUCGAAAAAUAAGUUGGAUCGAUCGAAAAAGUUGGAUCGAUCGAAAAUAAGUUGGAUCGAUCGAACUGGACAUGCUGGCAGCAAGCUGUCACUUUUUCCGUGCGCGCCCAAAAGUUCACCUACCAAAAAGUUGCGGGAUUAGAUAUUUUUGGGCAUAUAUUCUAGACUUAGUGACUAAAAAAAGGACCUUCUAUAUAAAGGGAAGCAACCCAUUUGUAAAAAAGGAUUCUUUAGGCUUUUUAUCAUUUUUAUUUUCUACAUUGUAAUUAUUUUUUCUCUAGAAAAGUUAGAGAUUAGGGUUAGAAGAAAAGAGAGAAGUGGAGGCACAUCUCAAAAACACAUCUCUAAAUCCACUAUCUCUCCAUCUCUAGAGCUUCAAAGAAGAAGAAGAAGAAGAGGAAGAAGAAGAUAGAGCCAUGUUUGGAGCUUGAUUCCAUGACUACAUCCACCUCCUCCAUGAUUAACUAGAUCUACACUUAGGGCUUGGAUGAGCCCUUAGUCUUGUGUAAUCUUAACCCUUGUAUUUCUAUUUUUGGGGAUUUUUAUAUAUAUUGUUGUGAUUAGUGUUCUAACCUUGUGAAUGUCAUGAAUCUUGGUAUA